GCUACAUUUAAACCCGCAUUUCACUUUUUCCAUAUACCGCUCACUGUUCUUCGUGCUAUACGUACACCAUGCAACGAGACACCAUCCCAUCCCGCCCUGUUUACCACAAUGGCGUUCCCCUCCCUAACGCUUCCUGCGGUGUCGAGCUCUACGGCUACUGUGUCUCCGAUGUCUGGAUGCAACAAUACGCUGAAGCCAACAACAUCAAAUGGAAACGUUACCAUGCUCCACAGAAGGGCAUGCUAGAUACCGAAGCUAGAGAUCUCGCCGUGAUCAAUCAUAUCCGCAAUGCGGUCGUCCAACAACUCGACCGUCCUUUGGAUGACUGGCAGGAUGUCUUGUCGACUCACUUCGUCACCGAAAUCCCCGAUUACGUCAAGGUACUGGAUUCUUACGGCCCAAAGAAGACGGACGUGCACAGGCUAUCUUGGACUAUAAUCUAUAUUGGGUCGAACGAGAACGAAGAAUGUAUCGACCGGGCCUUGGAGGCUGAACAUAUGAUCAAGGCGCUGCAAAGUGUGUUGAAGUGCGGGCACCAGGCUCCCGAAUGGAUUCCUGAAGGAGAACUGUUGCGCAACCAGGAUAAUAUUCCUGAAUGGUCUCCACGGAGCAUGUAGGACCAGAACAGUUGAUUCAAACGAAGUUUCAGAUCGUUUAGGGAGUACUGUCAAGGCCCAAGUCUCUGGCCACGCCGUGUUUCUUCUUCUUUUAGAACCUCUCUUUUACUAUUUAUUUGCUUCUUAAAGGUACCUUGAAACGCUCUAUAGAGCUGGUUUUUGUCCUUUGUACCGUACGCUGUGGUAGUUGGAAUGUCUCUCUAUAUAUAACACUGGCAACAAAGAACUGGAGUGAUUGCUGCAGAACUAAGGUAAUACGGUAUCGGGCUGAAUCAUAUACGUUUUGUGAUUC